CUAGAGCUGGAAGAUGGCGGCGUCCGUGGUCUGCCGGGCUGCUACCUCCGGGGCACAAGUGCUAUUGCGCGCCCGCCGCUCGCCGACCCUGCUGCGGACGCCAGCCUUGCGGAGUACGGCAACCUUCGCUCAGGCGCUCCAGUUCGUGCCGGAGACGCAGGUUAGCCUGCUGGACAACGGCCUGCGUGUGGCCUCCGAGCAGUCCUCUCAGCCCACUUGCACGGUGGGAGUGUGGAUUGAUGUUGGCAGCCGUUUUGAGACUGAGAAGAACAAUGGGGCAGGCUACUUUUUGGAGCAUCUGGCUUUCAAGGGAACAAAGAAUCGGCCUGGCAGUGCCCUGGAGAAGGAGGUGGAGAGCAUGGGGGCCCAUCUUAAUGCCUACAGCACCCGGGAACACACAGCUUACUACAUCAAGGCGCUGUCCAAGGAUCUGCCAAAAGUUGUGGAGCUCUUGGGUGACAUUGUGCAGAACUGUAGUCUGGAAGACUCACAGAUCGAGAAGGAACGUGAUGUGAUCCUGCGGGAGAUGCAGGAGAAUGACGCAUCUAUGCGAGACGUGGUCUUUGACUACCUGCAUGCCACAGCAUUCCAGGGCACACCUCUAGCCCAGGCUGUGGAGGGGCCCAGUGAGAAUGUCAGGAAGCUGUCUCGUGCAGACUUGACCGAGUACUUCAGCACUCAUUACAAGGCCCCUCGAAUGGUGCUGGCAGCAGCUGGAGGAGUGGAGCACCAGCAACUGUUAGACCUUGCCCAGAAGCACCUUGGUGACAUCCCUUGGACAUACGCAGAGGACACUGUGCCUGCUCUUACUCCGUGCCGCUUCACUGGCAGUGAGAUCCGCCACCGUGACGAUGCUCUACCUUUUGCUCAUGUGGCCAUUGCAGUAGAGGGUCCUGGCUGGGCCAGCCCGGACAAUGUGGCCUUGCAAGUGGCCAAUGCCAUCAUCGGCCACUAUGAUUGCACUUACGGUGGUGGCGUGCACCUGUCCAGCCCACUGGCUUCAGGUGCCGUGGCCAACAAGCUAUGCCAGAGUUUCCAGACCUUCAGCAUCUGCUAUGCAGACACGGGUUUGCUGGGUGCACACUUUGUCUGUGACCGAAUGAAAAUCGAUGACAUGAUGUUCGUCCUGCAAGGGCAGUGGAUGCGCCUGUGUACCAGUGCCACGGAGAGUGAGGUGGCCCGGGGCAAAAACAUCCUCAGAAAUGCCCUGGUAUCUCAUCUAGAUGGCACUACUCCUGUGUGUGAGGACAUUGGUCGCAGCCUCCUGACCUAUGGCCGCCGCAUCCCCCUGGCUGAAUGGGAAAGCCGGAUUGCGGAGGUGGAUGCCAGUGUGGUGCGUGAGAUCUGCUCCAAGUACAUCUAUGACCAGUGCCCAGCGGUGGCUGGAUAUGGCCCCAUUGAGCAGCUCCCAGACUACAACCGGAUCCGUAGCGGCAUGUUCUGGCUGCGCUUCUAGGCGGGAAGCCUGUGUAAACAAGAGAGCUGGGCUGGGGCUCGUGGUCCCCCCACCACAAACACAGCACUCCGGCUCCUCUAACCUGUGCCGCAGGUGACCACCAAUAAAAUCUUCUGCUGA